AUUUUGGAGGAUCAUUAUGAAGUAGAAUAAAGAAAAGGUUUUGGGGCUGUUAGAAGAGAACACAGUUGCAGCGCCGCCGUAUUGUACCUCGUCGGCUGCUCUCGUCUUCUUCACCUCUGCCAUAAUCAUGGGAGGAACCAGUAAGGAGCUUCUACAGUUGGAGCACAAGAAUCCCUCUACAUCAUCCUUAGAAUCAGCGGUACUUGUCUGUAAAUCAGAAUCUCAAGAAAAGAAAAUCAACACUGAUGAAAAGCCCACCAUUGCCCCUGUCCCUCGGAGUCAAUUUCUUGGAAAAGUAAAAGACUUCCUGGGAGUCAUUUCAGAAGCCAAUGAAAAAUUGCAGCUUGAUGCACAGGACAAUUCAAAGAGCUAUGAUAUUGAAGCUCUAGAUGGAAAUGAAUCUCAAGUUAUUGAAAUGGACUUGAUGCUGGGUAUUACUGAUCUUCGAACCCCUGAUGCUGUGGCUGCUGCGGAAUCUGCAAUUGCAGGGUGUCAACCAAGAAUUCCUUUGGCUGUCAGCAGCAGUGGAACUGAAUCUGAUGAUAGUGGUAGUGAUGAGGAGGAGAAUGAGAUUGACAAAAAUGAUCAUGGUGAAGAAGAUGGCAGUGAGAAUGAGGAUGUCAUAACAAUAUUAUCCACCAAACACAAAAGAUCUAAAUCUGCCAAAGCCAAAGCAAGAAAGAAACAGUCUGAAAAAAAGCCAAAGAUUGUUGAACUUUGAUUUGGAUAUCUUUGCUGGUAAAGUUGCUGCAAAGUAUUGUCUGUUUGAGAAUUAUUCUCUCUCCAUGCUGUGAAAACAUGAGAUUAACUAUAUGUAGGAAUGCCUUGUGUAUAAUGUGAGUUCAAUUUUUGCCAA